CUACAAGAGAAGUUCAUUCUGACAGUGAAAGAAAAUUUGACUACAGGCUCACAGUAUCUCUACCCCAGAGGAUACAGGAACACUAUGGUUUGUUAUGGAAAGUACAUAGCAGUUGCCCUGGUGUUUUUCUCGGUCUGCAUGCAUGUCAUUCAUUCCUUUCCGGACGAGAAUCCACUGGCUCCAGGCUGUCCAGAAUGCAGAUUGAGGGAAAACAUACAUUUUUCAAAGGUGGGAAAAGGUCCAAUAUUUCAGUGCAGUGGGUGCUGCUUCUCCAGGGCUUACCCUACCCCGAUGAGAUCAAAGAAGACAAUGCUGGUGCCAAAGAACAUCACAUCUGAAGCUAAAUGUUGUGUGGCAAAAACACAAGUCAGGGUUACAAUAAUGGAUAAUGUGAGGAUUGAGAAUCACACUGCUUGUCACUGCAGUACAUGUCUUUACCAUAAAUCUUGAAUAUUACAUCCUAUGUGAAAAAACUCGCUUUGAAGGGGUUAUUCAGGAUUAGAGAAACAGAGCCGUUUUCAUCCCAACGCAGCGCUGCACCUGUCCUCAGGUUGUGUGUGGUAUUGCAGCUCAGUUCCAUCAAAGCAAAUGGAGCCAAGUUGUAAUACCACACACAACCUGUGGACAGGGGUGGUGCUGGUUUUGACUUAGCUCUGUCUUUUAUUCCUGCAUAACCCCUUUUAAAUUUUUUUCUAUAAUAUAAAAAAAAUAUGUUCCCAGCCUAACAUGUCUAAACGUCAGUGCAUUUGUUCUUCACUAUAAUUACUGUCAGUACAUUGAAAUAAAAUUGAAAAUUCCUUUCUGCAUACAACGAAAAAGAAUUGAUAUUUUUUUUAGGUUUCUUUCCUUUUUGGGAAUGUGGCAAUGUAAUCAUAUGAUGUGACUUUUGUAAAUAGUCACAUAACUUGUCAAUGUCUGCAACUGCAAAUUGUAAAAUGUGAGAGAAAAACAGGAUGAUUCAUAUUGUCAAGGAGGAUGCGCAGCAUGUAUCAACACGUUUUCUACUAUUUACCAUUUAGAGAGUACACUCCAGUAUUGUACAUUUCUGGUAUAGCCAGGAUCACAUUUUAAAUCCCAGUAACUCAAUGAGUAGUGUUACUAUGCUUUAUUAUUGCAAUAUCUAUUAGCAUCAUUUGUAUUUUUCUAGUAUAGUAAGUCCAAUGUCUCAUUCUUGGAUCCGGUGUCUCAUUAUAUCUUGCAAUCAACUUGUAAGUAGUAAUAAAAACAUCCCCAGCACCAAGAAAAGAGACAGGUUACUGUUUGUAAGAAAUAGUUAUUAAAUCUGCAACUUUACAAACAGACACGCUGAAUUUUAUCAUGCACACACUGAUGUUUAUGUUAAGUUUUAGCCAAAAGAUACUAAUACCAUAUCUACUCGUAUUUGUCUCUACUUAUGAUUUAUAUGUAAUUUUGGGUGACAGUGUCCCGUAAGGGUAUCUCCAUAGAUUUGACAAAACUAGGCUUACCCAGUGGAAAUAGUCAACUUUAAGCAUGCUUUGCAGUCUUCUGAUGUGUGUAUCAUUAAACACCCUCUGUGU